AUGGAGAGAUCAGUAAUGAGCUUAAGUAGUCUUUUGGUGUUAGCUUGUCUGGUUGGUUAUGGCACAGCACAAAGCGUUCAAAAUGUGUCUGCUCAUUGGGUCGACUUCUUUGCCAAGGAGUACGACUGGGACAUGAAUAAAGCUAACGAUGUUUACUGCAAGAUAUAUGAUGCCGAUAAGCCCUACGAAUGGCGCAGCAAAUAUAAUUGGACCAACAUCGGUGAUCUCGCCGGUCUUUCAAUUGACGAAGCUUGUGGCAAGUGCAUCCAUGUGACAAAUAGAGCGACUGGCAAUGAAACAACAGUGAGAAUCGUUGGCCCAACCGGACAUGGCCUAGAGUUGGAUAAGCCGGUGUUUGAUCAGCUCGACAGUGAUGGGCAAGGCCAAGAUGUAGGACACCUUAUUGUGAGCUAUAAGUUUGUGGAUUGUGAUCCUACACCACCAGGUCUUGGCGAGUCUAAUGUCCGAGCUGAUUAUUCUAAAGACUACAAUCCUAUAGAGAAUGAUUGGACCUAUCCUUCCCAUGCCGAGUGCGCCAUCAAGGAUGGCGGUAAACCCUUGGAUUGGCGCAAAAGAUAUGGUUGGACGGCGUACUGCGGAAAGUAUAAAACUUCCAACCCGGAAGACAACUGUGGCAAGUGCUUAAAGGUAACCAACACAGACACGAAAGAUUCGGUAACAGUGAGAAUCAUGGAUACAUGCGGCGGAGAAGUGGAAGCCUUGGUGUUGGACUACGAGACAGCUUUUAAACCGAUUGACACUGACGGUAAAGGGUAUGAAGCAGGUUAUCUUACUGUGGACUAUGAAUUUGUGGAGUGUGACGACGAUGUUCUUGUCUAUUCCCAGUAA